GGUUUUGAGCUAAUCCGUCGUGACUGGCGCCAUGCGCGUGCCGGCCUUGGUCAUGUCCGCUCAACAUGCGCUCACUCUCUCAUGCCGGUACUGACAUCUUCCAACAGCCGCACUUAAAGGAUUCAACCAGGACGACAAGUUGACGACAGACAAACAUUCUCCUACCAGCCGUCGACACCAAAAACUCAUUCGCCAGCUCCGUUGCCUCGAUAGACAUGUCGCAGCUCUUCCCAGGCUUCACGCCCUUUUCGUUGCAGACCUCGCGCGAUCCGCCCAUCACGAUCCAUGGGCUCCAGAGCGGCUCAUCGUCGACCAAUUUGCCGCCACUGCUUCUGGUCCAUGGAUUCCCACAGAGCUACCACAUCUGGCACCGCAUCGCCCCAAAGCUGACCGAGGAGUUCAAUGUGGUCCUCAUUGACAUCCGCGGCUACGGUGCCUCAUCCAAGCCUGCCGAUGUGGCCUGCUACGCCAAAAGCGCCAUGGCGCGCGACUGCAUUCAAGUGAUGGACCAGCUCGGCUACACGGGGCACUUCUCUGUAUGUGCUCAUGACCGCGGCGCGCGCGUCACGCACAAGCUCUGCGUCGACUAUCCAGAUCGCGUCAAGGCGGCCAUCCUCCUCGACAUAUGCCCGACGCUGGCUAUGUACACGGCUACCGACUUUGACUUUGCCAAGGCAUACUUCCACUGGUUCUUCCUGAUCCAGCAGGAACCCUUGCCCGAGACGCUCAUCUCAGCCAGUCCGAGAGCGUUCGCCAACAUGUUCAUGGGCGGGCGACAGACUGACGGUCUGCGUAUCUUUGACGAGGAGUGCUUCGAGUAUUAUCAGAGCGUGAUGGAGAAGCCAGAAGCCAUCCAUUCCAUGUGUCAAGACUACCGAGCAAGUGCUACGUUGGAUCUUAACGAGGCGAGGGAGGACAUCAAGCUCGGGCGGCUCAUCAGGAACCCGCUGCUCGUUCUAUGGGGCAAGCAUGGCGUGAUUGAAAAGUGCUUUGACGCUGUCAAAGAAUGGCAGGCUGUCGCUGCGGAGGGCGUCACGGUCCGGGGGCAUGCUGUUGAAUCAGGACACUACAUCCCAGAGCAGACGCCUGACGAGGUGCUCAAAGCGAUCAGGGAGUUUCUGGUCUAGAUGGCUGCCUCGACAGUCAUCCGUUUGUAAUGCUCACCAUACUCUGCCAACGACAGCCGCAAUUGAUCGACUUGAUUACGAACGGGGCCAGCUCAAGUAAUUGAUUGCAAGUUCAUUCCUAAUGGGAACCCCAUGUAAAGCGAGACCGGAGGCGGCUGGCGGGGCGUAUUUGUCUAUACUUACGGAUACUCUGGUAAUCGCUGUCUAAUUGUAGAUGGACAGUGACGCUAUAAUAGCUGUCAAGACCCAAACCCC